GCAUAUCGCGCACUUAUGCGAAGCGCGGCGCGGCGCAGCGCGGCGAAUUUUUGAUGGGUCCGCUAACUUAUGCACGGUUUUGCGUACGCGGUUGGUAUUUAAAGUUGUUUUGAGCUGACCGUUUUAAUUUUAGUGUUAUCUCUAUGACGGUUUGAUAAAGGUGUGUUAAAAUUUCAUUAUGUGCUCAAGUUCUAGCAGCAGUUCAGAGGGAGAUUUUCUUACUUUAUGUACAAUAGCUGAGGAAGAAGAAAUGCGUGAGAACAAAAAAGAAAAUCUUGGAUUCAUAAUAUAAAUAUAAAAAGAAAUACGUACGGAGAAUUCCAUCACCUUCACUCAGAUCUUCUGGAAGACGAAAGAAAAUUUUUCAAGUAUUAUAGAAUGACCCACGAAAAAUUUAGUGAACUUCUUUCUUUGUUAAGACCAAGUAUAGAGCGUCAAAAUUCUAGAUUUCGCUGCUCAAUUGACGUUAUCGAAAGACUUUCAGUUUGUCUCAGAUUUUUGGCAACUGGAGACACCUUUGGAACAAUAGCAAUGAGCUAUCGACUUGGUGAAACUACUGUUAGAGAGAUAGUUUAUCAAGUGUGUGAAGAAAUAUGGCGCGUACUAUCCCCCAAAUUUUUGCCAGUACCCAACAAAGAAAAAUGGAAAAAUGUAGCAGAAGAGUUCCAACGGAAAUGGAAUUUUCCAAAUUGCGUGGGUGCCCUUGACGGAAAACACGUAAUUACAGAUAAACCUCCAAAUAGCGGUUCACGUUAUUUUAACUACAAAAAAAGUUUUAGUAUUAUACUUCUGGCCUUGGUCGAUGCUAAUUAUAGGUUUUUGGCAAUUGAUGUUGGAUCUUAUGGACGUAAUAGUGAUGGUGGAGUAUUUUCUUCUUCAGAAUUUGGAAGGAAAUUUUUUAAAGAUGAGCUAGAUUUUCCUGAAAAAAGAAAUCUACCAGGAACAAAUAUAUUAAUGCCUCAUGUAAUUGUCGCAGAUGAAGCUUUUCCUCUCCAUGAACAUUUAAUGCGUCCAUUUCCUGGCUCACAAACUUCAGGACAAGAAGACAAAAAAAUAUUCAAUUAUAGACUAAGUAGAGCAAGAAGGGUUUCCGAAAACGCGUUUGGCAUUUUAGUAAAAAAGUUUCGUUUGUACCAAAGAAAGCUUCAAAUUUCACCUGAACAUUUGGAUAAAGUGGUUCUUGCAACAUGUUGUCUUCACAAUUUUUUGAGAGAUUGUGAUGUAAGUGGUGGGAUCUCAGAAGAAGAACAAGAAGAUGAUAGAACAAUACCUCAAGGUCUAAUAGAUAUCCCCGGAAUUGGUGGAAAUCCAUCUCUUUAUGCAGUAGAUGUCAGGGAAAAAUUUAAGAAUUACUUUGUUUCUGAGACUGGUUCAUUACCUUGGCAAGUCGAAAUGGUUAGAAGAGGCAGAAAAAACUAGAUAUAUAAUAAGAUUAUAACGAUGACUAAUUAUACAGGGUUGUUUGAGUUUUAAAUAAGUGCAAUUUAUUUUAGGGGUAGUGUAUUUCAACCCCUGUUUUUCAAAGAGAAUUUUGGAAAUAUUUUUAAUUUUCAUAUAAAUCAUAAUAUAACUUGAUAAUAUGGCAGCAUAAGUUGUAGAUUAAAUUUCGUUGGAAUUUGACUUUCGAAAAAUCGGUUUGCCAAAAA